AUGCCGAGCAUAUUUUCCUACCAGAGUGCUGAUGUCGACUGGUGUGAAACCAACUUUGAGCGCUCCAAGUUCAUUGCGGAGUACUACAACACCAUCAGCAAUGUAGCCUUCUUUGUCCUCGCUCCUGUCCUGCUCUACCUGAACCGGCAGUACCGCCAGCAGCGCCCCGUGCCCUUGUACAUCGUCUCUGCCCUGCUCCUCUGCGUAGGUAUCUUCUCCACGUACUUUCACAUGACCCUGAGCUAUGUGGGACAACUCUUGGAUGAGCUCUCCAUCCUCUGGACGCUGGCUGUAGCGUAUUCCUUCUGGUACCCAAAGAUUUACUUCCCCAGGUGCAUCAAGAGCAGGAAGCAAUUCUUCUGGUUGAGUGGUGUCACUACCGUGAUCAGUACCUUGCUGUCCUUCAUCAAACCAUCCGUCAAUGCCUACGCGCUCAACGGCAUCGCCUUCCACCUGCUGUACCUGGUCUGGCGUGAGCUGAAAAAGUGUGAUGACAAAAGGGUUCACCGGAUGGCUGCAGUCAUGGUCAUUUGGUGGCUACUGGCCAUCACCAGCUGGAUCAGUGACAGGUGGCUCUGCGGGCUCUGGCAGGCGAUCAACUUCCCCUACUUCCACAGCUUCUGGCACGUGCUGAUAGCCAUGUCCCUCCUGUACUGCUGCCCACUGGUCAUAUAUUUUGAUGUCAUCUACGAGAUGCCAUCCUUCAAGCCAAAGCUGGAAUAUUGGCCCAGCAACUCCUGGCCUGUCGUGGUGCCUUACGUUGCCCUGGAGGAACCCCACAAACAGUGCUAG